AAAGGUAGCUUCUGUAACAGUUGUCUUGCCCUCCUUGUCCAAGGGAUUGUGCCAGCAGGAUGCUUUUAUUGUUGCUGAAAACCCAACAAAAUAAACAAUCUGCAGAGAGUAUCCAACCACUGCCUAUACUGGCCAACAGGAUUAUAACCAAGACAUUAUGAGGAGCCUGAACUACUAACUCCACAGAAGUGAAAACUUCAAACAAGUGACCAGACAUCUCCAUCAAAAUGACCUCUCUCCUGCAAGAGACACUGUGUGAAGUUCACACCCAGGCACCUCCUCCCAGCAAGGACUUCCACCACUUGACUGUCACAAAAAGUGAGGUUCUCUGGAAAAUAUGGAGAAUUACAUUUCGACCUAAUCAAGAAAAAAUCCUCCCAUGGGCAGUGAAGAAACUCCAUAAAGAUUUUCUCCUGGAUGAACAAUUACAAAAGGAAAUGCAAAGUAUUUUUGGAAAGCCGAUGCUGGACUAUGUUAUCAACUUGUGCCAAGAACACUAUGAUUUCCUCAUCCGAAUGCCCGACAGCUUGAUUGUACACAUCCUGUCAUUUCUUAAUACAGAGGAUAUUAGGCAAUUGUCCAAAACAUGUAAAAGGUUCUGGAAGUUGUGUAACACUGAAGAAUUUUGGGAAAGAAUACAAAAGCUGCAAGACAAAUAUACAUUAGAUGCACAGACAAACAGGUUGCCAGCUUACAAGAAGCCACUUAAAGUCAACCAAAGAUCUGGUAAUCUGAUGCAGAGAAGGCAGACCACAUUCUUCUGAAUUUGAUGACAAAUGGGUGAUCGUCAGUACACAUUCCUGUAUUCCAAACUAGUCAAGUGUGUACAAAAUCUGUGUAUUUGUGCAAGGACAGUCUUGUUAUUGUAAAAAUGCACCAAGCUGGAACACAGGAGCGGAAAGCCUAUAUCUAGUGCUGGGUGUUAGAGAAGUAGCCAAACUACAGAUACUAAGUAGCUCUUGGUCAUGCUGUUGUAUAUGUGUGUCUGCAAUAAAUAUAUCACACUA